GUUUAAAAGGGUAUGAAGAGCUUGUGUUUUUUUUUCCUUCAGAUUAGAAGAAAUAUGAAUCAAGAAAACCAAACCACCCUCUCUGAAUUCAUUCUCCUGGGUCUCUCCAACCAGGUUGAGAAGCAGAAUCUCAUCUUUGUGAUUUUCUUGAGUAUGUACCUGGUCACUGUGGUUGGAAACAGCCUCAUUAUUCUGGCCAUUGGCUUGGAUAUACAUCUUCAUACUCCCAUGUAUCUUUUCCUUGCCAACCUAUCUUUGGCUGAUAUUUCCUCCUCUUCUACCUCAGUGCCCAAAAUGCUGAUGAAUAUUCAUACCAAGAGUCAAUCCAUCUCUUAUGAGGGCUGCAUUACACAGAUGUACUUUUCUAUUGUGUUUGUUGUCAUUGACAAUUUUCUUUUGGGGGUCAUGGCUUAUGAUCGAUAUGUGGCUAUCUGCCACCCUCUGAAUUAUACAAACAUUAUGCACCCCAGGUUUUGUCUUUUGCUCUCUGUCUGUCCAUGGGCUCUAAGCAAUAUUGUUGCUCUAACACACACUCUUCUGGCCAAUCAAUUGAUUUUUUGCAACCACAACACUAUCCAACAUUUCUUCUGUGACUUGGCACCUCUUCUCAAACUUUCCUGCUCAGAUGCAAUGAUCAAUGAACUUGUAAAAUUUAUUGUGGGGUUAUCAGUUAUCACUUUUCCCUUUGCUCUCAUUCUGUUCUCCUAUGUCUGCAUCAUCAGGGAUGUACUGAGAAUUUCAUCCACAGAAGGAAAGUGGAAAGCCUUCUCUACCUGUGGCUCUCACCUGACAAUUGUAUUUCUCUUCUAUGGUACCAUUGUAGGGGUUUACUUUUUCCCUUCAUCUACUCACCCUGAGGACACAGACAAGAUUGGUGCAGUAAUCUUCACAGUGGUGACACCUAUGUUGAACCCUUUCAUUUAUAGCCUGAGAAAUAAGGACAUGAAGGGUGCCUUUAGGAAGCUCAUCAAUAAAAGUCAUUUUUCCCUUUGAUGUCAUGAUUGUCUGAGUUUAAUCUGAAUAACUAGAUGAUUCAGUCCAG